GUCGGAACCUGAGUCGACACGCGCUCUCUUCGCUCUUCUCCUCCCUUUGUUUUCUCUCUCUACCUACCCUUCUCUCUCUCUCCACUUCUCUAGGGUUCGAAUCCCUCUGCCCCCUCUCGGAGCUUCAUACCGUCGAGGCCAACAAAAGAGGUUCUUUGAUCGUUAGAUUUCUGUAUCGCGCGUUCCACAAGUUUCAGCUGAUGGCCAAGACGAAGCCUGGCAAGAAAGACCUCGAUUCUUACACCAUUAAAGGAUCCAACAAGAUUGUCAAAGUUGGGGAUUGCGUGCUGAUGCGGCCGGCGGAGUCGGAGAAGCCUCCCUACGUUGCGCGGGUGGAGAAGAUCGAGGCGGACCACCGCAACAACGUGCAGGUGCAUGUGCGGUGGUACUACCGCCCUGAGGAGUCCAUUGGCGGUCGCCGGCAGUUCCACGGCGCCAAGGAGUUGUUCCUCUCCGACCAUUACGAUGUGCAGAGUGCGCACACGAUUGAGGGAAGGUGCGUAGUCCACACCUUCAAGAACUACACCAAGCUCGAGAAUGUUGGCACAGAGGACUACUUCUGCCGCUUCGAGUACAAAGCUGCCACCGGUGCCUUCACCCCUGACCGAGUCGCUGUGUAUUGCAAGUGUGAGAUGCCUUACAACCCUGACGAUCUUAUGGUUCAGUGUGAGGGGUGCAAGGACUGGUUCCACCCAUCUUGUAUGGGCAUGACAAUUGAGCAGGCGAAAAAGUUGGAUUAUUUUCUGUGCUCGGGCUGUGGCUCUCAAAAUGAUGUUAAAAGAUCUAUGAAUGGGUUUGCAGCUUCACCGGAUUCUGAGACAAAGGGCACGGGAAAGAGGAGCAAAAACGCAGCAGAAAACGCAGGAAGGAAGAAAACGCAGCAAGGGAGGAAGAAACCUGAACCCAUUUCCGUCCGCCGCCGCCAUCGCUGAGUCGGGCCAUCGCUGAGUUGCAUCGUCGCCAAGCUGAAUCGAAGAGGCGAAAGAGGUAACUGCAAAUGCUGUAGAUUUGGCUCCUUUAGGAUUUGUUCAUUUUAUGAAAAGGUUGUCAUCUUUCUGGGUCUGGGAAUGUACAGUGCAGUGCAUAUAGACUGCUAAACAACCAGUGUCAUGUUUUUGAACUCGAGAAACUAUUAUGAAUCACUAAGGUGGUGAUCUUUGUACCCAAAUCACCUUUGAUUUUUCCUCUA